GGUCACUCUGGGGACAUAGAUAACCUUCAAAUGUUACCUUAAUCUAAGUCUCUUAUCCAGUUGGCUGUGAACUCUUAUAGCGUGCACUGAGUCGGGUGUAGGUACCUGUCGCUCGUUCCGAAGCAUUUAGUAUAUUUUAAUUAUUUAGCGGAUAAUGGCAAAUUUGAGACAGACACCUUUGACUUGCAGUGGCCACACCCGACCUGUCGUUCAUCUAGCUUUUAGUGAUAUUACCGAGAGUUCGUACUUUCUGAUAUCGGCGAGCAAAGAUGGAAAACCCAUGUUGCGCCAAGGUGAUACUGGGGACUGGAUUGGUACAUUUGAAGGGCAUAAAGGUGCUGUUUGGGGGGUUUCAAUAAAUAAAGAUGCGACAAGAGCCGCAUCUGGAGCUGCAGAUUUUAAUGCAAAGAUUUGGGAUUCAGUCUCUGGAGGAGAACUCCUUUCCAUUCCUCACAAACACAUUGUAAAAAGUGUUCAUUUUUCUUCGGAUAGUACCCGCCUUGCAACAGGUAGUAAUGAAAAACUACUCAGGAUAUGGGACCUUUCAAAACCGGACGUUCCUGUUGUGGAGUUUUCUGGUCACCAAGGAGGAAUUAGGCAUGUUAAUUAUUGUGAGAAUGACCAGAGACUCGUCUCUUGCUCAGAUGAUAAGACGUUAAGGGUUUGGGAUAUUUCUUCCGGAAAGGAAGUGCAUAAAUUAGAUUUUGAAAGUACACCAAGUAGCUUAGAAGUGUCUCAAGAUGGUAGAAUCUUCACUGUUGCUGCUGGAAGCAUUGUCAGUUUCUGGGACGCUCAAAGCCUGAAACUACUCAAAGAAUACAGAGUACCAACUCAAGCUAACUCUGCAUCACUACAUCCUGAUAAGGGUAUAUUUGUCUGUGGAGGAGAUGAUCUGAAGAUGUACAAGUUUGAUUUUGCAACUGGUACUGAAAUCGAAUCAUUUAAAGGACACUUUGGACCCAUCCAUGUGGUUAGGUUUUCCCCUGACGGAGAAUUGUAUGCUUCUGGGUCGGAGGAUGGGACUCUGAGGCUCUGGCAGACGACCGUCGGAAAAACAUAUGGUCUUUGGAAAUGCUUAGAAGCUUCUUCUCCUCCAACUAUGGAUAUACCGGUCGCAUCUCUUGCAGAAGUACCACCCGUGUAAUUUCUUCCGUUCUCUUGGAAUUUGUGCACAGUUCAUUAAUAAUAAGGCUUUCUCAUCAGAGGAUCUUUAUUUAUUUAAUGAGUCAUUAUUUGGUUUUUAUUUCAAGCAUAUCAUUGGGGGUUAACUUACAUGAGUCAAGUCAACUUAAAAUAUAAGUGACUUAAGCUAAAAGUAAGUCUUCUUUGACUGGUGAGGUCUUCAGAUGAUGUUGUGAUGAAAUAUCGAUCGUGAAAUGCAUCAGGGCUCUUGAAAGCAUUUAAUUAUUUGAAAAUCCAAAAAAAUCUUGUAUUUUUUUAAAUCUAAUUUUUGUAUUCAGUACGUACUUAUUUGUCUUUUCAGUUAUAUUUCAAAUCAAUGUAUUUAAUUAGAAGGAAUUUAAGUCUUCUUACAUGGAGUUUUUUUCCUUUUGUUAUGUUAUUUCUGCCAUCUUGUUGCUGGUUAUACCUGAAUAUAACUAGCUAAAUCAUUAGUCGUAAUAAACUGUUGUUUCUUUAAAUGUUAAUGACAUGUUAUGUCCUAUAUUACUUUCUUAUUUCAAAUUUGUAUUAGUAUAUGAAAAAAAAAAACAAAAGUUAAAAU